AUGGCUAAUAUUAUAGUGUUUGGAGAUAAAUUGUCAAAUGCUUUAUUUUCAAAGUGUCUUUAUUAUGGAGCCUUCAAUAAAAGAUUUUAUCCAAAGAUUGAUCAAAUGAAAUUAACUGCUGUUGAAAAGAGAAUCAGAAUUUUAGCAGCAAAUUAAGUCGGAUUAGAAUAGAGUUUAUUCAUAUUAUUACCAUAAAGUUCAAAAAUGAUUCCAUCUGAAUAUAAAGUGAUAAUAAAUCCUAAAAUUCUAAAGAUUUCUAAUGAAAUCAUAGAGAAUGUUGAGGAAUCUAUCAGUUUUCCUUAAUUUUAAGCUAAAGUUGAUAGAUAUAAAACUAUCUUAGUUUCUUAUGAUGAUAAGAAAGGUAAAACAGUUCAAGAAGAGUUAAAGUAUAUAAAAUUAAUAAUUUUAGAGGAUUGGAAUCAGUUUGGUAUCAAUAAGCUAUUGAUUAAGUGAUGGGUAUUCCAUGUAUUAGUUGGAUUGCAUCAAAAGGAAGAAUUGAAUUGAAACCAGAAUAUUUAAAAUUAGCUGAAUAGAAUCCAGAAUUUCUUAAGGCUUUUAAAGAAUAUGUUGAAGUUGGAUAACAAUAGAUAUAUUAAGAAAGAAAUCUUUACAGAGUUAACCCCUAAGAUGAAAGAGAAGAUUAUGCAUUACAAGGACCAACUCACAAACCUAAUAAUUAUGAACUUUAUGUUCAAUUAUUGAGAAAAAUGGAGAAUGAAUUAUUUUAUACUUUUUGA